GGGGGUGAAAGGGGGUGUCUUGUGAUGGUGGGGCGGAUCAACAGUACUGGCCACUGACGGAUCUUCGUCGCGUAUUCAAUGUUGUGCUGGAAAGAGUGACCAAGUGAAGGGGGGAAAAACAGAAAAGAUGGCGAACGUAGAGGGAGACGAAAUACGUCCGGCGCCCCGUUCGCUGGUUCCCCCGUCGUCUCGAAACGGAUCCGGAUUUGGUUCGGCAGGCGGUGCCGGAGGCCAGUCUGCUCCCAUGGUUACAUCAGGCCCGCGGGUGGUUAGGAUUGUGAAGUCGGAAUCGGGCUACGGUUUCAAUGUUCGGGGACAAGUCAGUGAAGGAGGACAGCUAAGGAGCAUCAACGGGGAAUUGUAUGCCCCUCUUCAGCACGUCAGCGCGGUUUUGCCCGGAGGAGCAGCAGACCGAGCUGGUAUCGUGAAGGGUGACCGGAUUCUUGAAGUGAAUGGCGUGAGUGUGGAGGGAGCCACGCACAAGCAAGUGGUGGACCUGAUCCGAGCCGGGGAGCAGGAGCUGGUGCUAGCUGUCCUCUCCGUCCCGCCCCUGGAGGCUGAGGGCCUGGACCCCGGGGACGACGUGAGCAGCCAGUCCUGUUAUGACUACAGCGACAAGCAGGCUGUGCCCAUUUCAGUGCCCACCUACAAGCACGUGGAGCAGAACGGAGAGAAAUUUGUAGUGUAUAACGUGUACAUGGCGGGCAGGCAGCUGUGCUCGAAACGCUACCGCGAGUUCGCCAUCCUGCACCAGAACCUGAAGCGGGAGUUCGCCAGCUUCAGCUUCCCCAAGCUCCCGGGGAAGUGGCCCUUCUCCCUGUCCGAGCAGCAGCUGGACGCUCGGAGGAGGGGUCUGGAGGAGUACCUGGAGAAAGCGUGCUCAGUGAGAGUGAUCGGGGAGAGUGACAUCAUGCAGGAGUUCUUGUCUGAGUCGGAUGAAAACUAUAAUGGCGUGACGGAUGUGGAACUGCGGGUGGCCCUGCCUGACAAGACCACAGUGUCUGUGAGAGUGCGCAAGAACAGCACCACAGACCAGGUGUACCAGGCCGUAGUGAUGAAGAUUGGGAUGGACAGCAUCACAGCCAGUUACUUUGCCCUCUUUGAGGUCAUCAACCACUCCUUUGUGCGCAAGCUGGCCCCGAACGAGUUCCCCCACAAGCUGUAUGUGCAGAACUACACCUCGGCCAUCCCCGGCACCUGCCUCACCCUGCGAAAGUGGCUCUUCACCACAGAGGAGGAGGUGCUGCUCAACGACAACGAGCUGGCCAUUCACUACUGCUUCCACCAGGCACUGGACGACGUGAAAAAGGGACUCGUCAAAGUGAACGACAAGUCUUACCAGCUGCAGAAACUGGCCGAGCAGGGAAAGAUGGCUAUGUAUUUGAGCAUGCUGCGCUCCUGUGAGGGCUACAACGAGAUCCUCUUCCCCCACUGCUCCUGCGACUCGCGGCGCAAGGGCCACGUCAUCACCGCCAUCAGCACCCGGCACUUCAAACUGCACGCCUGCACGGAGGAGGGGACGCUGGAGAACCAGGUGAUCACCUUUGAGUGGGGGGAGAUGCAGCGUUGGGACACGGAUGAGGAGGGAAUGGCGUUCUGCUUCGAGUACGCCAGGGGGGAGAAGAAGCCACGCUGGGUCAAAAUCUUCACUCCAUACUUCAACUACAUGCACGAGUGUUUCGAGAGGGUCUUCUGCGAACUGAAGUGGAGGAAAGAGGUUGAAGAGGAAGCAACAGACAAGGACAACAAGAACUGCACUAAAGAUGGUAUGUGUAGUAAGAAUAUCUUCCAGCUGUUGAGGCACAGAAGGGAUGGCAGCACGUAGGGAGCGAGAUGGUCACCUCCUAAGAAACGCCAGAACGCCUCAGCCAGAGCCCAUCCAGCCAACAACGCACCGCGACAGCCACCAUCGAAACAACGCAGACCUGCAGGAGAUCCCAACGGGUGGGAGAAGAAAAAAAAAAAAAAAACACGCGGACAGAAAAAUCGGAAGGAUUUCGAAUGCCAACCCAGACGUCACACGAGAAGCGUAUGAAGGAUGUAUACAGUAAAUGUCUUUGAGAUUUUUAAAUGAAUUCAUCAGCAUUAGAAUCCUCCACGCAUAACAUCACUUCAUGGGACUGGACUCCGACCACGACUGGAAACGCAGCCCGUCGAGGAGACAUUUUCAUGUGUUGCGAUUGACACAGUGUGAAACAGACAUCCUUAAGCACGAUUGGUCAGCGGAAGCAAAAAUCAGUCUUUCACUCCCGGAGGAGGAGACCAACGUCUGCAGUUUGAUUUGUUCAGGAGGCACGUCUCUGAUGCCGUCGAUCCAGACAUUGUUCCUCGCCCUUGUUCUCUCUCUCUGAAACAUGCUUAGGAAAGAAUGUGAAAGAAUUCAAGAAAGUGGAAGAAUGUGAGUUUCAUGAGGUGAAAGGCAGGGAAAGACAGUUCAUAAAAGAGAUAUAUCAAGGUUCUGGAAAAUCAGAAAAGCGUGGAUUGAGAGAUGUUAACAUUCAGGAAUGGACGAGGGAGAUGGGGAGUAUGCUGAAAUUCUAAAGGAAAGAAUUAGAACAAGUUUUUCUUAAAUUAAAACUAACACUCUAAAAAAUGAGUAGCGUAAAUUGUAUUUGCUGACAAGUAAUUUUUGCAACAUGAUUUGCGGUUUGUAUGCUUUUGCUAAAUUAACACGCAGUAAAUGGUAGUUCAUCAUCAACUCCUAUGUUUGUGUAGUAGCCAAAGUAAAGACCUUUUGCCUCAAUAUUUAUUGAGGUGACUUAGCAGGAUUAUCUAGCAGAAAGGUGCUGUUCAGAAACGUCUUACAGUAUACACUAAAUGCUGGGAGGGAGUGAUCUCUCAAGAUCUGAAUCUGACUAGAGACUAAUAAACACAAACAAGUGAAUGGACAUCAGAAAGAAGUAAUUAAAAAGGAAAGCAAUGCUUUCAUCUCUGAAUAGAAAAAUGUAAAUGAUAAAAUAGCAAGUAAAGAGCACAAGAGAGAGCUUCUGUUGGGAAUUACACUUCCUGCAGCUCACAGCAGAGGGCUCCAACGACACUCUGUACAUGUAUUGAGUUGUGAAAGAGAAGUCUUCAGGCCUAAAUCACUGAAAUCUCUCCUGUGGGAUCUGUAUCUCACUGACAGUGUUCUGUGCUGCAGAGUGUCUAGCUAGUGUCUAGCUAUCUGAUCUGUUGAAGGCAGGUCGUUGAAUGUCUGUCUGUGGGAAAGGCUUCAUAAACGUGACAGUAUGAGGCUGCAGUGUGUCCUGUUAUUCAUGUGUGCAGUAGCUCGCUUGUGGCAAGUGUGGUUACCCCGUUAUCUGUCUGUGUUCUGGACAGACCCUCUGUUGGAUAAGCAGUCCAGACAGAUGUGCUUAUUGGACAGCAGACUUGAAUGGAUGAGUCUGGACAUUUGUCCUGUGGGGAUAAUCAGCUUGAUAGAUGAGCAGAGAGGAAGAAGGAAGCAGGGUGGCUCUGCAGGAGACUAACUGGCCAAUGAAGUGAGGGGAUUUGGGUAGUCCAGCUAUCAUUCGCCAACCUCAUAGUGUUGUACCCCCUCGAGGUAACUAGUCUACCUAGCGAACACACACAGUGUAGGUUACUUAACUCUUAGUUUGGAGUGGGUUGAGUUUUGGAAAGCACAUCAUGCUGGUUCAACCACAGAGCAUUUCUCAUCCAUGGUAAGAUGACCUGGCUGAGCCACGAUUCAGUCUCCACAGCUAACUUUUCUGUUUUUUUCUACUUUGCCCUGCUCUUGCCCAUAGUCGUUACUGACAGGAAAAUAACCCAUCGGACACUAGGCACUGGAUAUACACGGUAAGUGCAAAAGACUGAAUGCAAAUCGUGUCACAUUCCGAUGGAAGUGUGCUGGCACGUGGCUUCUUGCUUUGGCUUUGCCUCUCGUUCAUAUAAUGGUUAUUCCUUGUUUUCUGGUAUCACUGGGCUACAGCCCAGUAGGUUUUCCCAGCCUUGUUUAAGCCACAGACACUCUGAGUAUAGUGUAGGGUCUUCCAGCCCUCUCUCAACCACAGGCACUCUCAGAACAGAGGAGGAAACUGAAUUGGUUCAAUCAAAUACAUAAUGAGUUGAAUCGUUUUCCUUGCCUGAGCAGAAGUCCCAGUGGCCCUCUAGUCCCAGGUUCAGUAGUGCCGGAGUGGUCAGUCUGGGUUCUGCAGGGCUGUAGUAGACUCUUUUCCCCUGCUUGUGUAAAAUGCUUGUCAGUCUGAGACCUGCGAGCAGCGGUGAAGUGGGUUCUGUAAACACGGUAGUCGGGUGAAUCAUGACAUGUUUGGGCGGAAAUGAACAGGAGGCUUCCAGUGAAAGUAUUGGUCAUCUUUGAUCGUAAUUGGACUUGGGUCAUUGCGGCCUACCUUUUUGUGUUGAACACGGUGUGCCCACAUUACACCACGCAGUGGGCCGCUUUAGGACAUAGCGCAAACGCAGGGGUGGUUACAUGCCGACCUCCCAUUGGAGCAUUCUCUCUCCAGGUCGAACCCCCCCCCAACCAGUAUCCACCAUUCUUCAUUAAAGUGUGGGCUGGCUUGUGUGCCUCAGACUACGUAUCCAGCUGACAUGUGGGAUGCAGUGACCCCCGAUUCGCUGGGUUUCGAGCCAAACCCACGCACACACACACACACCUCUGUCCCCAGGGCUCCAGUGUGGAACACGGUACGCCGUGGUAUGACUCUCAGGAUUAUCGUCAUAGCAACAGGAAGAAACGGAACGGCGCAGGGUUUAGUCAGACAUCAGACCGUCUUCGAUAAACAGGCAGACGCAAGCCUGUGCCACAGGAUGCCGAGGAGCAAAACUGAGGAGCAUUAAAAUGUAAUUUGAUGCCAGAUGCAUCUGUAGUCCUACAGCGAUGUGCAUUUUAUAUGACUGCUCUUUCUGGUGUGUCUCAUUUGUGCCGUCUAAAAGUAUAAGAAUGUAUCAGAAUGUAUAUUGAAGCCGGUAUUUUUUUUUUUUUUUUUCUCUUUUGCCAGUAGUGCAGUGAUGUCAGAAGUGCUAUUUCUUGCCCUCCCUUUGAAACACUGUGAUGUAAUCACUCCAGCUAUUGCCAUCCUGCUAAUCAAGCCGCACGUUUGAAUCUCCAGUGUCUUUGACUCCGCGUCAAGGAGACGAGCGAACGCCCUUUGUGCUAGACUAGGCUGGAUGAACAAAUGUCAUUGAGGGAUAACUGCUGUUAUAUGAAUGUUAUGCAUUCAAGAUGAAUGAAUUUCUUAAACCGUGUUUCAGUAAAGAGGGCUUUAGUUCUGCCGCAAUUACAAUGCAGCCCGGAUGAAUGUCUUUGUGUGAGUAUCUGUGUUCAGUACUGGAGGGUUAAAGACAAGAUUGGUAUUCAUUUAUAUGCAGAGGGCAUGAUCCUUUUCUUUCUGAAUGAAAUUACCCAUUUUAAUUUAUUUCAGUAAACUAUAAGAAAGUAGAAGGUCUUAUUGCACAGUAUUUUUACUGUUCUUUAUGUUGGUGGGGGUGGGGGAGGGGGGGGGGCAGGCAAACAAAAACGGAAAAGCAGACAUUAGCAGCAUUUCAUUUUCUCAUUUAAGUCGAGCUCCACUAACAAGACUCAUUUAAAAACGAGGGAAAAGUUUUACAAAAAAAAUGGAAAAAAAAGACCAACCGUGAAGGCUAGCUCACCGCUGGAAAACUUUGAUAAUGUCACUUAGUGUAAUAAAUUGUAACAUAUUAUUUUAAUUAAAUUGAAUUAUUGAUGAAACACAUUUCGUGUCCUCUAUUUCUGUGAGUCUCUGUGCAUCUUAAGGCCCUGGUAGUGCAGUUAGUCUCAGCAUAGCACAAUACAGUCCCUAUCUCACAGCAAUCCAGUUUACCGUGAUCAGGUGUGACAACAUAUGCAAAAAUGCCGCUGUUUGUUAUUUUAUGACACAAAAUCUGGAUUUACCAUGGGAGAAAGUGAGUAAAAAUGAGAGCAGGAGGAGCCCACGGCCAAGUAAGAUAAAAAAGCUCAUUUUUUUUUCCUCCGCCCAUCAGGGGUCUUUGACUUUGUUGUGUCUUUCUUAUUUUGGGUUGUUGGUUAUAUUCAGUGAACGUGUGAGUGAGAACUGAAGAAGAUGUGUUUUAUCUUUUGAGUGCGUGCUUUAUCUUGCUGGUCC